AUGAUUAUUGCAUGUUUAGGUGCGCUUAAUUCUCAAGAAGCGAAACAACAAAAAGCAACUGAAAUCGCUGGUCGUCUUUUAAAAGAACUUGCUAAUGAACAACUUGGAUCACACCAUAAAGAACAAUCUUUGAACAAUGAUGAAAAUGUUCAACCUAAAAUAGAAAAAAUUGAAUCACAUUUUUCAACAGAAAGUGAUGAUGCUGAUGAUGAAGACGUUGAAUUUAUUCCACUGAUUGAUGAUUUAUAUGAAAUGUAUGCUAAUAAAUAUGAUCAAGAACCUGAUGAUGAAGAAUCGUCUUCAGAACUUGUUGAUAAUGAAUACUUGUUACCAAUCAAUAGACAACAAUUAUUGAGAUAUUUUGCUGAAGAAGAGAAUAGUGAUGAAAAUUUAACACCAGUGAUACAUUCACCAGUAGUGGAUGAUACUCAAAUGAAAGCUGAAAACCAUCGACGAAAACGCCAUUUAGUUUAUUAA